AGCCGGGAGUACGGAGCCUCUCUCGUUCGCCAUUUCCCUAAGUAGCAACAGAGAAGCAGAUCUUCAUCAUGAAACGGAUGGCGUUUGUUCCUCCGUCGGACUGGGCCAAGCUCUACGCCAGGCUGGAGGACUACCGAAUGACGUUGAAAGCUCCUGUGGACACCAUCGGGUGCCACAUGCUGCGCGACCGGACCGCGUCGAAGGAAACGCAACGAUUCCACACGUUGGUGGCGCUCAUGCUCAGCGCGCAAACAAAAGACGGCGUGACGGCGGUCGCAAUGCAAACACUGAUGCAGCGCGGGCUCACACCGCAGUCGGUCCAAGCAAUGACGGAAUCAGAGCUGGACUCCUGCAUAUGCAAAGUUGGUUUCCACAACACAAAAGCAAAGCAUAUUAAACAGGUAGCGGACAUUAUUGUGAGGGAUUACAACGGCAACGUGCCGCGAGAAUACAGCGAGCUGAUCGCCUUUCCAGGUGUUGGACCGAAGAUGGCGAAUUUAUUCUUUCAAGAUGCAGAUCAUCGCAUCAUCGGCAUCGGUGUGGACACACACGUGCAUCGCAUCUCCCAGCGCUUCGGCUGGGUUCCCAGCACUGUGAAGACGCCAGAGGACACGCGCAAGGCCCUCGAGUCGUGGCUGCCUCGCGAGCACUGGGGCACCGUUAACCACCUGCUGGUGGGUCUCGGGCAGACAAUCUGCACCCCACUGCGUCCCAAGUGUGACGCGUGCAAGCUGAGCGACGUCUGCCCCAACGCGUUCAAAGAGACGAAAGCUGCGGGUGAACCGAAGCUGUCGACGCUGAGGUCUCCCAAAAAGAAGCCACGAGCGGCCGCUGGACCAUCCGAUGACGUUGCCGAAAACCCAACGCGAAAGAGAGAGAAAAGAUGA